ACCACUGACAACGAGCAACACAUAUCUUAUCGCGAAUCGACGAAUUACUAAAGGGACAAAGCAACAAAUUAAUCACUAAACAUUUGAUUAAAUAUUUAUAAAGACCACAAGCAGUAAAAGUUUAAAAGUUGUUGAUCAAUAAUUUUUCACUUUGCAAGACAAAAAGUUAGUAACUAAGCAGCCGGCAAGUAAGCGGAACCAAGCUUUUGUACAUUGUAAAAAAUGGCUACUGUGACCUAUGAAGAAGUCAAAGAUGUGCCCAAUCAGCCGAACACAUUUGUGAUCGAUGUGAGGAACAAGGACGAGCUGGCCAGAACUGGUGUGAUACCCGGAGCAAUCAGUGUUCCAAUGCCCGAUCUGGAAGCCGCCUUCCAAAUGUCGGAAAUUUACUUUAAAACUGCAUUUAAUCGCGACAAGCCGAGCACGGAAACGGUCUUGAUAUUCUCUUGUCAGGCUGGUGGGCGCGCUAAGCGUGCUUAUGACUUGGCGCUGGCAAAUGGUUACAAAAACGCGAAGUACUAUCCCGGCUCCUGGACUGAGUGGGCUGAAAAGGAGGGUUUGAAUAAGGCUUAAGUUGGCGCAAGUGAAUAAGAAAAUUGAAAUUACAUUUGAGAAUACUAUGCUUAGAACGCGUAUGUAAAAGAGAAAGUAGCUAAAAAAAGUAAAAAGUUGAAAAGUUAAAAAAACAUAUCAAAUAUGCUUAGUAAUAAUAACAUAUAAUAUAAAUAAUCACUGCGUUGCGCACUAUUGCAUGCUUACAAUCAAAAGCUAAUCAAAGCUAUAUUCGCUCUCUAUUGCAUUUAAACGUAGUACGAGUAGUUUACAAUUACUGUAGUGAGUUUAUUGAAUAAAUUACAAGUAUAUAUAAA